UAUGAAGUGUGUACUACCCUUAACGAUCAGUGAAACGAAAACAUUAAACAAAAUGUGUUUACCUCUAUGAUUUUUGUGUUUUUUUUAUACAUUUGGUAGCAAUAAAAAAAUUUUCACCACUUUCAGUGUUUAGUAUUAAAGUUAUGUAACACACAUGGUUUGUUAUAUUUCGGUUUAUAUAACAAAAACAAUGAAAGAAUGUGAUGUAAACGAUGUAAACAAUAAGGCGACAUAACCUAUAAAAAAGAAAAAUUUUAUCCAUUUUAUCAAUAAAAAUUUAUAAUAUUCAGUAUUUUCAAGAGAAAAAUUAAUUACAAUGGCAGGUUUUGGUGAGAGAAUUGUAGUGCUAAUUGAUAUGGAUUGUUUUUUCUGUCAAGUUGAAGCUAGACUUCAACCAGAAUACCAAGGAAAACCACUUGCUGUUGUUCAAUACAAUCAAUGGAAAAUGGGAGGUAUAAUUGCCGUAAAUUAUGAAGCUAGAGGUUUUGGUGUGACUCGACAUAUGCGUGGUGAAGAGGCUAAAGAAAAAUGUCCAGAUGUAAUUUUAGCCAGUGUUCCAGCUCUUCGUGGAAAAUCAGACACAUCUAGAUAUAGAAGCGCUGGAAGAGAAGUAAUCGAUGUUCUAAAAAAGCAUUGCAAUAAAAUCGAAAGGGCAAGUGUUGAUGAAGCUUAUUUAGAUAUCACUCAAAUAGUUGAAAAUCGAUUAGCCGCAAAUUCUCCUUCUUCAAGUGAAUUAAUGAAACAAUUGUCAAAUACUUUUGUCGUUGGUUUCUCCGAAUCUGAUGACAAUGAUGAAGAGCAAAGAAGUAAAGGUCUUCAAAAUUGGUUAAAUACAUCAUUCGACGAACUUGAUGAUAUACAAGCACAAAAAUUAGCCAUUGCUGGAGUUAUUGUUGAAGAAAUCAGAGAUGACGUAUACGAAACGACAAAAUUUAGAUGCUCUGCAGGAAUUUCUUACAAUAAAAUAUUGGCAAAACUCGCGUGUGGUUUACACAAACCAAAUAGACAAACAAUAUUGCCAUCAAAUGGCGUUCCCUCGUUAUUCAAAACUUUACCAGUGAAAAAAGUGAGAAAUCUAGGCGGAAAACUCGGAGACGUUGUUAUCGAUUCACUCAAAUGUAAUGUCAUGUCAGAUCUUUUGCGAUAUUCCCUAAUGGACCUUCAAAAAGUAUUCGACGAGAAAACCGGAUUUUGGUUGUAUAACAUUGCUCGCGGUAUUGAUAACGAACCAGUGACAACAAGAUUAGUUUCCAAGUCAAUUGGCGUUUGUAAAAAGUUCCCUGGAAAGCAAGCUAUCGCUAAUGCUGAAACAUUGAAAAGCUGGCUCAAAGAUCUGACAGCCGAAGUUUGCGAGCGUCUGGAUCAGGAUCUUGAGGAGAACGAGAGGCGGGCGACACUCUUGACUGUCAGUUUCCAUUACUAUCAAGACAAAGUUGAAAUUUCUCAGUCACGUUCCUGUCCUUUGAAUUCGUAUAAGCCCGAAAAAGUCGCCGAUUCAUGUUUUAAUAUCAUAACCAAAUCGGUACAACAUCCUGUUGCCUUUAUUGGACUUUCGGCGGGAAAAUUUAUAGCUGCAAAAGGUAGCGAUUACUUUCGAAGUUUUUUCAAAACAAAUCCAAAUAAAGAAGAAACUAAAACAAAUUCUUCGGAAAAGCUCGAGUCGAAAAAUCCACUUAACACUAGUUUUGAACUCGAAAACAAUGAAGUCAAUUCCGCUUCUAGUACAAAAGAAAAUAGCAAUUCUAAUAUAAAAGAAAAUAAUAGUGAUUCUGAUACGAAAGAAAAUAAUAGUAAUUCUAAUACGAAAGAAAAUAAUAGUAAUUCAAAUACAAAAGAAAAUAACAGCAAUUCUGAAGCGAAAGAAAAUAAUAGAAAAAUAGAGAAAAAUUAUUUUAAAACAGAUGCAAAUGCUUCGAAAACAGUUGAAAAAGAAUCUAAAACAGAUGAAAAUGAAACAGAUUUUAAACAAGAAGAAAAUGAGGGAAAAAUCAACAAAAAUUGUGAAGAUUUCUUCAGCAAUAAUCGUAGAACAAAUUCACGUGACAGUUUCGAUAGGGCCUUAAAUUCCCAACCAUUUAAACAAUCAUUUUUCAUGAAUAUUCUAAAAAAGAAUCACGAGAGCACUGAAGACGAAACAAACGAUUCUGUUCCUCAGACAAACGAAGAGGAACAAAAUGAACAAACUAACGUUAAUUUAAAUGUGUACGACACAAAUGAAAAUCAACUCCUCGAUUCAGAAAAUACGGAAGAAAUUCCCAUUCGUCAAUCUUCCGCCACAUUGGAAAUUUCUUCAAAAGCAGAAGAAAAAAUCGAAGCCGAAGGAAAAUAUUCAUCAUCCCUCUAUUCACAAGUAUCGAACAGCAACUGGUCUGCAGCAAAAAUGGACAAUGUGGAACCCUUCGUGAAUAACAACAGCAAAGUUAAUGUCAAACUACAAGAAAUAUUUCCCGAUUUAUCAGACAUUGAUCCCGGUGUAAUAUCACUUUUACCACAAGAAUUACAACAGGAAGCUUCUGAACUCUUAAAGAAUGCCACAAAAAUAAAUAAGAAAGCUGAAAUUGUAGCGAAACAUAUAAAAAUGAAAAAAAUUAUGAAUAAACAAAAAUUACAAGAAGCAGGAACAAGUAAAGGUGAAAAUACAAUACAAAACUUUUUAAUUAAAGCAAACACAAAUUGUGAAAUUGACGAUUCGGUGAAGAAAUGCGACAAAUGCCAUCAAUUAGUGCCCGUUGAAAAACAAAUCGAACAUAAUGAUUAUCACAUUGCACACGAGUUACAGAGAAAAAUGAACAAAAUCGAAAAUACGACAAUAAUAACACAAGAGAAUUGUAUGAAACGAAAGCAAACAUUCGAUUCCAGUGGGGAAAAUAAUUCUAAAAAACGAGGUACAAAGAAUCAGAAAAAUAGCACUAGAAGUAAAUCAAUAGCCUCUUACUUUUCAUAAAGAUAUAUUUUUUUAAAUUAUAAAGCAAACUUGUAAAUAUUGUCCCGAGUCUACGAAACAUUUUUUAUAAAUUGUAAAAAUUUUCUUUAUUCUAUUAAUUUUUCUAAAAAAUAAAAAUUAAAGAGUAAAUUU